AAAGGUCAAAGCAGUCAGAGCCUUAGCGACCAUUGACAACCAAAAAUAAAUCAUGGCAGAGGAGGGAGAGAGCACUACUAUUCAGGAAAAAACAACAAGACGACGAAUAUUUGUAAACCAUGUUGAUAGUUAUGAGGGAGGAGUAAUAUCAAAGUACCUCUCAAGUUGCAUCGUCAAUGCUUCCAUAGAAGAAAUAGAGGAGGAAGAAGAUGUAGAAUCCGUAAAGAGUGAUGGUAUGAACACAAAGGAAGGUACAUAUGAGAUUGUCGGUACCUUGAAGAAACAGGAUGGAGAUAAACCAGACUGGGUGACAGAAAUCUUCAAUUUUGGAGACAAGAAACAGAUGUUGGAACAUAUGUCUGAAUGUGACAUCGUCAUUUACGAUAUCAAUGAAGACCAGGGUCAAAUUGAUGAAGCAACAUGGGCUGUGUCAGGUACAGUUUCUUUCAAA